AUGCGUCCUGCAAUGCGUCUUCCCCUCCGGGAGGCAUUAUAUGUCUGCUCGAACUGCAGACAAGAAACACUACCACGAAUUUCCCCGCUAGCCCGCCAAUUCCGCCGCUAUGCCUCGUCCGAUGAAUCCCCGGGCUUUCUCGAGCGAACCCGCCGCCAACUCUGGAGCGAAAAGCCCCCGGGCGCAGCCGAUCCUUACACCGGUCAAUCGCAAAUGAAACAAGCUGCUGAGCAAUCAAGUGGACAAGAGGAGGGUGGCCUGAAGGCUGGAGAGGAGUCCGGAGAAGACCUGACAGUGGGCAGUGAAUAUGUCCAGGCCGAUACUUGGAAUGGUCUUGACGUGAUUGGUUUCACUGAGGAGAAGGAAUGGCUUGUGAAGGGCUCUGAUCCGGAAGCUGAUCAGUAUACUCGAUACGAUGCCGAUGUCAAGGUCCGAAAAUUGCCACUCGCGUUCCACCAGACGGCUGUUGAGAUCUGUCUCAUGCAAAUGCUGGGCAAGCCCUUGGCUGAUAUCUCAAACGUUGCUACACACCACCAUGUGAUCCAGAAAAUGAUUGACGACUGUGUUGUUGUGGGCUCCGAGUCAUGGGAGACUGCUCUGCGGUUCCCGAACCAGAAGGCCAUGGAGACACUUUCCUUUGUGUUCAACCAGAUUGGAGAGAAGACUGAGAUUCAAAUUGGGUCACCAGAGAAGUUCAUCCUUGAGAACAAAGAGGCUGCUAGCGAGCUUCGUACUCUGUCAUUGACCGAUCCCAAUGUCAAAUUUGCCGUUAGUCCUCAAUAUACCAUGUACAACGAAAGGUUUUAUGCUAACAACAGUUCCCAGUUUGCCAAGCGAUUCUCUCAACUCAUCGGCCGUCGCGUUCCCGACAAGAUCAUUAGUUCCUCCAACACUACUGGCGAAUUUGUUGCUGGUAUUGAUACCAGGCUCAAGGAGAAGCCUGUCAAUGUCACAAAGAAGCUAGCCAAGCGAGCCCGUGCCGGUGUCCUGCCACCCAACCUCCAGUUCAGCUCUAAGCGUAUUUCCAAGGCUGAUCAAGAUGAGGCUGUUGGUCGCAAGAAGGCUAUUAUCUCUGAGCUCUACAACAGAGGUCUGUACGUUCCCCAGGACAAGAGCAAGCCAUCUGGGCUUCAAUAA